GCCCCCGGGGACAGGGAGGGGACUACCCUGCAGCCCUCCUAGAUUCCGCCCUCUCUCCCCUCGGGAAGCGAACGCACGACCCCACCCCGAGCCAUCCACACUCUGGAAACAUGAGCUGUUGAGCCUGAAAGCGAGUCCAGAACCCGGGAACUUCAAUUUUGGGGGGUGGGGUGGGCUGGUGGGCUGCCUUUAAAAAAGUAAUAUUAACACAACUAUUUUCUUUUCUUCCCACUUGAUCCUUCCCAUUUGCCCUUUCCCGCCUACUCUAUCUGGGCGGGAAUUGUUUCCGAGAUGAAAUGAGUGAGAACCCGAGUGUUCCUGUGUCUCCCGUGGUGCGAGUGAGUCGCUGCCGCUGAAGGCAAGGGGUGGGAACGGGGGUGGAAGGCAGGUGGUCCCGGGGCACCGCCUGGGACUUGGGAGAACCCGCAGCCUUGGCCUCAACAAUGCUCACUGGGAGAUAAGUCGCACUCCCCACCAUCUUGAACGGGGGCACAUUCAUAGGGAAGGCUCCCUUGGCGAAUGUACAACUCAUCGCAAGGCUGAGGGUAUCGAGAUCCUGGGCAUUAAUCAGGUCUAACCACAGAGCCGGAAUAGUUACUAAUAUCGUGUAACAAGCCCCCUUUUCCUCUGCCAUCAUGAUUCUCCUUGGCAGCAGCAUUAGCAGCCGUCUGAGAGUGAAGAUGUGGGUGAUGGGGAAGUUGGUAAUGACUCCGCUGUUUUUUCUCAUGGCUCCUUUGGGCAACAGCUGUCCGCCCUCAGUAUACACUGUAGUUGAUUGCAGGGAAACCCUGUACCUCUCCCCUUCUUUCUCUACUGAUUUUGCACUUUUCUCUUCGCUCACCACCAAGUGUAAUCAAUAACAAGCACUGACAGUACAUAGCAAUAGUGAAAUCUGAAAUAACUAAUAAUUAGGUAUUACAGCCAUGGAUAUGGCUGGGUAAAAUCCAAUUGGGUAUUUCAGUUUCAUUCACCUACCCUGUUUUGGUGUUUUGUUUUUGAUUUUCUUUUUCUUUCUUUACUUCUUUUUUUUCUGAUAUUUGGAAAGCCAAGAUCACACUUUUCCUCUCCCCAUUCCUUUUCUUAAUCCCUUUUCUAAAAGGAGAAAAAUCCGAAUGGAUUUAAAGUAUUGGACUGGUGUUAGCUGUGUUUUAUUGCACACCUAAAUCCUGAUAAUAGGCUUUUCAUUUCCCCUCAAAGCCUUUAUUUUGGCAUUCAAGCCAAAUGUGUUUUCCAGAAAGUUAGUUGAAGUAUUUUCUCCUCUUUUUUUUCCUUCCUCUCUUUUUUUCCCAUCUGACCCCAGGUAUUAUGGUCCAAACAUGACUGGACAGCAGCUUUUGUUUCUUGACCCUGUAAUAUGACAGUCUGCUAAUAUUGCCAGAAGGUGCAGUUUUGGGGUUACACUUGUGAUUUUAGCUAUUCAAUCAUAUUAGCAGGGAAAAAUGACUUGUUUCUGUUGUACUUGAGUCUUAAGAAAAAGUGCCCAUAGUUUAGUGACAAUUUCCAAAGGCUUUAGUACCACCUGUAUUUCAAAAUGGGGGACCCAAACUCCCGGAAGAAACAAGCUCUGAACAGACUACGUGCUCAGCUUAGAAAGAAAAAAGAAUCUCUAGCUGACCAGUUUGACUUCAAGAUGUAUAUUGCCUUUGUGUUCAAGGAGAAGAGAAAAAAAUCAGCACUUUUUGAAGUGUCUGAGGUUAUACCAGUGAUGACAAAUAAUUAUGAAGAAAAUAUCCUGAAAGGUGUGCGAGAUUCCAGCUAUUCCUUGGAAAGUUCCAUAGAGCUUUUACAGAAGGAUGUGGUACAGCUCCAUGCUCCUCGAUACCAGUCUAUGAGAAGGGAUGUCAUUGGCUGUACUCAGGAGAUGGAUUUCAUUCUGUGGCCUCGGAAUGAUAUUGAGAAAAUCGUCUGCCUCCUGUUUUCUAGGUGGAAGGAAUCUGAUGAGCCUUUUAGGCCUGUUCAGGCCAAAUUUGAGUUUCAUCACGGUGACUAUGAAAAACAAUUUCUGCAUGUACUGAGCCGCAAGGACAAGACUGGAAUUGUUGUCAACAACCCUAGCCAGUCAGUGUUUCUCUUCAUUGACAGACAGCACUUGCAGACUCCAAAAAACAAAGCUACAAUCUUCAAGUUAUGCAGCAUCUGCCUCUACCUGCCACAGGAGCAGCUCACCCACUGGGCCGUGGGCACCAUAGAGGAUCACCUCCGUCCUUACAUGCCAGAGUAGUUACUGGCCAGCACAUGGAGAAGACCAGAGAAUGCAGCAGCAAUGUUUUUCUUGUUUUCUUACCACUUUAUUCUUUCAGAGUUUUAAGAAAAUGGACUCAUGCACAGAACACUAUGCAUUUUGAAACUUGUUCAUCCUGGAUUUUUUUUUUUUUUUUUAAUCAUUUGUAUCUCAGAACUUAAAAAAAUUAGAUGUCUUCUGCACGGACUGUGUGAAAGAAGAUGCUUUGCAUAUUUGCUGCACUGCAUCAGCAUCUUACUAAAAAUGUGAAAUGAAAGGACUAUUGUACACUGAAAUGCUUAAAUGUAUCUGAAAGCACAAGGUGAUACUCAUUAUUGAUGGUCUUCCCAAUUGUGCUGGUGUUUGCCUCUUUGACAUCUGUCAUCAGUAUUUGGAGGGUGAGAAGUGAAUGUAACAGGUAUAAAUAACAUUUUUAAAGCUUAAUAGCUUUGCUGUAAUCACCGUUGUUCAGAGCACUGUCAGAUUCAUUCUAAUGACCAGAAGCGGUUGUUUAAAAAAGAAAUGACAACCAUGGGAAAGAAAUCUUAGAUGACAAAAACAUCUCAUUGGAGGCAUUCUUGCCUCAUUUUACUGGGCCUUGUUUGUUUUCUUGGUACAUAAAUGUAUUUUUGUUUUUCCCAGAUCUCUUUCCCCAAGUUGCUGUUAUAAAGAGUAUUCUGCUUAGUGGGUGCAUUUAUACACAUUAAAGCAGAUAAGGAGUCUGAAGUAGCUAAAGCAGCUAUAAAACAAAUACAUUCAUAGCUGCAGAAACCAUAAUAGCUAGAGGACUUUACUUUUGGGUUUUUAUUUUGUUUUUUGGUGUUAAAAGAAAGAUUUUAAUUAUAAAAUAAUUCCAGUUAAUUGAUCUGAAAUUCUGGUUAUACCAUCCUAAAGAAAAAGUUGGGGGUUUUUGAUAUGGGAAAAGUUCAUUAAAGGUUAAAUUGUAAAAAUAGCCAGUGUCAAAGUUUAAAGCAGGACUGAUUUUGUGCAAUGAACAUAAGGAGAGACUACUGUAUAGUUUUUGUUUUGUUCUUUUAAAUGAAGAAAAUCUUUGCUUAAGGGUUGCAUACUUUUAUUGGAGUAAAUCUGAGUGAUCCUACUCCUUUGGAGUAAAACUAGUGCUUACUGGUUUCCAAUUGUAUUUAGCUUCUGGUUGGAAUUUGAAAAAAAUGAAAACCUAAAUAAAAUAGGUGAAAGUUCCCUGACUAUUCAGGUGAAUACACAAAAUUUGAAGUGGUAACUUUUUUAUCCAAAGUCACUGAGUAGAUGGCAGUUAACCGCUUUAGGGGAUUAUUUUGUAGCCCAUAGCUAAACAGUAAAUUCUGAAGGGAAAAAAAUCCAGCAGUUGGAUUUGUAAAUUCAACAAGAAUAGGUUCUAAUUUCAGGAGGUAGCAGCCUGUGCUUUUGCCUUACAUCAUAACUCUGUUAGGAUCCAUUUGAAAUAACACUUCUCUAAACUCAAUCUAAUAACCCUGAGUGGAAAUAGAUGCAGAGACUUAAUUGCUUAAGCGAGGCUUAUAAGUUUUGUGCAUGCCUAUAAGGCUGAGGUAGGAGGAUCGUGAGGUUUGAGGCCAGUCUAGGCAAUUUAAUGAGAUCUUGUGUCAAAAUAAAUAUUUUAAAAGGACAUGGGGUAUAACUCGGGUUCAAACUGCAUUUCAGUACCACAAAUAGUCUGUUGGCUGGCAGUAGAGCCCAAGUCUUAAGCAUUUUACUAAGUUGAAUUACAUGUACUGUGUUCAGUACGUUAGGCAAUUCAGCAUCAAUUUAUUUUGAAAUAACUACACAAAGUUGCAAGAGUAAUUCAGAAAGUUCUUGUAUAACUAUGCCCACUUUAGUCUGUCAUUUUUUGGACAUUCACAUUCUUCCUUUGUAUAUAUUUCUGAAUCAUUGAGUUUCCUCCAUAUGUUGUAAUUCCUUACUCCUUAGGGCUUUUUCGUGAAGUCCAAGGAUAUGUGCAUUGCUGGUCAAGGCAUCAUCCAUAGUAAACUAGAACAAUUCAGGACUGUAACAUUGAUAUAACUUACCUUUCAUGUUCUAGUUUUAACUCAGUAUUUUUUGUAGGGAUUGAACUAGGAGUGCUAAGUGAGUGCUCUACUCCUCUGAGUGAUGUCCCCAGUUGUCUCCAGUAUUCUUGAUGCCUUUAAAGAUUCCCUAAUAGUACAGAAUUAUUACAUUUAGUUGUCACGUCUCAGAUGUCUUUUGUCCCUCAGUCUCUCAGGAUCUUGACAUUUUAGAGGUACAGACCAACUUUUCUGUAAACUUUAAUUUGAGUUGUUCAUAGUUACUGCCCAUUCUCAAGUUAUCUAGGAGCCCACUAUGUGCUCCUUAUUGAUAAUGAUUUGAUUGCUGGUCAAAGUGUUCUUUUUUGCACUUUGUACUUAUUCCUGGUGAUUAUGGGAAACAAUAUACAAAUAGGCUACCUCUUUUUCACAAGCUCCAAUAAUGUUUCUUGCUACUGGACCAAAUCUAUCUUAAGAGUGGCUGCAAGGGUGAUAUUCCAGAUCCCCUCCACAUUUUCCACUAUUUUAUUGUAACACUGUUUCUGCCACUUUCCACCGAAACACUGUGGACUCAAUUUUUUUCCCCUUGAUGAAUUAUUUGCAUGCCUUUGUCAUUCUUCGAGCACUUCAUUAUUUUCAGGGAUGAGACACCUUGUAUUUUUGUGCACCAGCCGCCAUCCCUGGAAUGUUCUACAGAGCGCUCAGGUUCCUUGAAGUGAGAAAUACACUAGAAGUCAAGAGCUGUGUCUCUGCCUAAUGCUGCUAGAGAAUCUGCACCUGUCAUUGGCAUGAACAGAUAAGCAUGCAUUCUAAGGCCAGCAAAA